AUGGCGCCUCCCUGGACGCCUGGGUACGUCGUACGUAGUGGUAGUAGUAGUGGUAGUAGUAGUAGUAGUAGUAUUAGUAGUAGAAGUAGUAGUCGAUUCCACACGCCCGGCUCCACGGCGCAAGCCCCGCCUCGGAUCUCUCACGUCGCUUUCCAAUGCGCACUCCCGGCCGAGACUGACGAGACUGACGAGACUGACGAGCCCGACGAGCCCGACGAGCCCGACGAGCCCGACCUCCCCUCCCGCCUCCGUCUGGCGACAACUACCUACUGCGUACGUCGUACCUGUCCCGGUAUGUGCCAGAGCGGGCAGGACCAGGGCCCCGACAACCCAAACAGGAAAAGGGUUGAUGAUUUACCCUUCAUCCGAUCCGACUCACAGCUCCUCCCGACCAGCUCUGGUACUGACGACACCGUGACGCAGCACAGCGGUCACGACCCUCUUCAGUCCGCCUCCUCCUGA